GGUGCUGCAGAGAGUGCCGGGGAAUGCGAUGCUGGGAGGGGCAGGGGUGCGGGAUCCCGGGGGUGCGGGGGCUGGGCCCGGGGGUGCCCCCGAGCGCUCGUUAGCCUCGGCCCAGCCUCCUCCUUAAUUAGCCGCGGCCGAAGCCGCUUAUUAGCGGCGACCGGGGUCGGGCGCCCUCCCCGCGGAGGCGGGAGAGAGGGGAGCGCUGCCGGCCCCGGGGGUGCGGGCAGCGGCACCGGCAGCGGGGCUGGAGCCCGAGCCCGGGCGGAGCCGGCGGCGGGAUGGGGCAGCGGAGGGGUCCGGCCGUGCUGCUCCUCGCCCUGGGGCACCUGGCCGGGCUGCUGGCAGCGGGACCCGCCUGUGCCGACGCUUACCGGGGCCUCUCGGACUGCGUCCUCAGGCUGGGGGACAGCAUGGCCACCUACGAGGAGGAGGAGGGCAUCGAGCUGCAGGGGCUGCACCGAGUCUGCAGGUACUGGGAUGAAUUCCACACCUGUGCCCUGACGGCACUCUGGGAAUGCCAGAAGGAAGCAGCAGCUGUCUGGGAGAUGCUGAGAAGGGAGUCCCGAAAAAACAGAUUUCAAGGCAGCUUGUUCGACCUCUGCAGCCCCAGCAUGGCCCAAAGCUCUGCCUGGACCCACGUUCCCAACGUUUCCAUCCUCAGUAUCCCCCUCAUCGUCACUUGGGUGAACUUAUAAACUGCAGCUCUGUGAGUAUCCCAUCAAAAGCAGUGGCAGUUUGUGCCCUGGCAUCUUUCUGAUCCUUUUUCCAAACCUGAGGAAUAUCCUGUGUGGAGCUCAGAGACACUCGGCUCCAUCCUGUGCCUGUGGGACAUGGGAGAGCUUGGCAGAAUCUCCUGGGUGUUCCUGUUGGUCUGUAAUUUGGAAUAAUGCCUGUCCACUUCUGCUUCAAGACAUAGACACAGAUCUGGCUGUCUGGAGAAUUUGGGAGCUUAUAGGUAUGGGGCAGAGGAUUUAGGGAAAAGUGAUAAAUUCUGGAAAAAUGGCAAAUGUUGGACUCUUCCCACUCUUCUAUGGCUACUGGAAGGAAACCUGUUUACUUUGCUGACUCUUUCCACCAGAUCAACUCUCCAAGUUUUGGAUUUGGGCACUGAGAACAAGAUGGGCAUUUUUACCACUGUUCUGUGAGGUGCAGGGGGGUGGUGUCUGUCCUGUCACAGGCAGAAGGGAGACCUUCUGCCCUGUAUUGGCCCUUUUGCUUUAAGGACAUGGUGAAACCCCUGCUGAAGAAUAAUCACAGUUGCAUGACUUGUCUUGCACACAUCUGGAUUCCUGAGUAACUCCUGUGUUAUGUGUAAAUCCCUUUUCUAAGGACAUAGAGAGUAAAAAUAUUUUGAUUGAGGGAGAGUGUCAAGGCAGGACAAAAGGGAUUUAUAGCAACUCCUGCUUUGAAGCUUUCCCCAAGGUACCUGUAAGCAGCUCUGUGGGUAGAAGUGUGUAAUUCCAGAGUAUUAAAAUGUGUUGUAGAGCCUAUAGCAUGGUAGAAGUUGGUUGUCCUGGCUUUUGCUUGACAGCACAAUUUCUUCUUUUGUGGCUCAGAAUGUUAGUUUUGCAGCUUCAGUACAAGCCUGCAAGUAUUUGGAACAGAGGGGUGUUUGCAAGUGAUUUCUGAAUAUGUUAGAGAAACACAGCAAUAUUCUUGGGCAGUCCAAGGCAGUCUGUGUUUUAAGGAUGCUGCUGGAGCUCUGUGCCCUCCUGGCUGCAUGGGGUCAUGGGAGCUGUAAGUAGUGGGGGAUGUACUCUACAAUGUGAGCAGGGGACCCAGGGCCCUGCCAGCCCCACAGAUCCCACUGGAUGGAUUCCAGGUGGUGGGCAAGCUUCUACAGCAAAGGAUGUAGACCCAGUGGUGCUGGGUCAUACUGCUCUCCUUUGGCACUCACGUGUUCUUCCUCUUACCUUCACUACCAUCAACACUCUGCUCCUGCAGCAGCAGGAGGGAACAAAUCCAUUGAGGCAAAUUCCAAGAAAUAAGUCAGGGAGGAGCAGCUGGUGUUCAGACGGUGCAACUUGACUUCCUGCAAACAGAGUUGUUACUUAUGUACUCAGUACUGAGCAUCUGGGGCACAAAGCCUUAGGGUGAGCAGUGGAGACAGGGGAAACCAGAGCACGGCAAAACCUGGAGUGAACCACUCAGAUGCUUCAUUCUUUAAUUCUUCUUCCGCUCCAACAGCAGUGUUUGUUGUUUGAUCCUGUUCCCCCUGCCCUGUUAUCUCUUGUCCUGCCUGUGGCUUGUAGCUGGGGAAAGCUGAAGCAGGUGAGUGUCAUGUACAACCAAGGCUGGAGUGUUUUGGAUCCAAAUCCUGUACUUGCUCUUUGUUUAGAACAGUUGUUUAAUGCCUUUAGGAAAACAAAUAAGCACAGUCCCCCCCAAUAUCCCACAACUCUUACCUUCUCUUUGAAUUUGGAGUUCCUCUCUGUUAAAACUUUCUACUCUAAAACAGCUUUGAGGAAAGGGAAGGUAAAAUUCUCAGAUCUCCAAGUCUUCUUUUUGCAAAACCACGGAUGCCAAUGGCUGGCUGACACUGCCACUGUCUUUGAGAAGAGCAGGUGUUGGGACAUAUCUUCCCUGGAAGCAAAUCCCUCAACUAUUGCACACAAAAAAACCCAAAGAUUCAUUAAGAAACAAAGACCAUCUGUCACUGUUCUGGUAUGGAGCAGCAGAUUUUUUUUAAAGCCAAAGGUGCUUCUAAAUCUGACUGAAAGCAUGUGAGAGAAAAUUAGGUCUCACAGUAAGGGAGUGAUGAGUUUCCUCAAUCAAUAUUUCAUUUUUAGCAGAACUUCCUCUAUGACUAGGACAAUUACAGUAGAAUUCCUUUAAAAAAAAGUAGUACCCAGAUUCAGUCCCCCUGGGCAGUCAGCAGCCUUUCAGAAAGCAUUUCUGACCCUACAGCACAUUCCUGCUGAUGCAGUGCAGCUCCUGGGGUGUCCUGCAGCCUCAGUGUGAAAUCCACAUUUGUCAAGGAUUCUUCUCCUGGUUCAGAGAGACUCUCUGAGCCUCUCCAGAUGCAAAGUACCCAGAUUUCACCCCCCAGGGAGGCUGCUGAAGCAGUUACAGCAUAUCUUAUGCAUUCAAAAAGAAAGGGUAAGUGUUCCUUGGUCCAAAGUCUUCAUCUCUGUUCUUGCAGGGGAACAAAGGGAGCAGCUCUGUUAAUAUGGGCUCACAGCAACUCGGGGAUCAGCUGGAAGAAUGUGGCUUUCUCUCCUUGGUCUCAUGUUCACUGUAAUUAGUCUUUAGCUCCCACUUACCCUAAGAACAACCCCAAAGAACACAGAGUUCACACCACACUUUGGUGUGGUGUUAAGCCUUGAGGUAAACCUGCAAACUUUCCCUGUCCCUGCAGGACUGGGAUGUUCUUUCUCAAGAAUAGCAAUAAAAAGCAGGAGAGGACAAAAUGACCCUGAGGGAGUCUUAAAAGAUGACUAACAACACUGUCAGUGCUUGUCACCCCGAGGCAGAACUGCCCUCUGCUCUGCCCUGAUCCCAACCACAGGCACACUCCUGCUCCUCUUUUCUGAGGGAGAUACUGGCACCUACUGGAGACCAGUUUAUAUCCAGGCUGAGGUGACUGGGAGAAAGGCAAGUAUCCCUGUAUAUGAGAACUGAGCUGAUUUUGAGAAGGGAUGGACUGUCUUGCUGUAAGGGCAGCCCUAGGAAGUGACCUCAGGGUGGCCCUCCAGGCUGGCUCCUGCCCAGAAAAACACUUGUGUAAACUCUUCCCUUUGAAAGGCUGCUGCUGUUUGAAACUCUGCUUACAGGGGUUUUGGUCAGGAAGGGCUCCUGGUGAAAUCCCAGAAUAUAAAAAGUGCUGGUUACAUUUGUUUAGACAGAAAUCCUGCUCUGAGGCAGCCCUGCUGGGUAUGUAAAGCACAGGAUGUUAUCCUGCCUCAAUUUACAGUGUCUGAGUGUGAGAGCAGGGACUGAAAUACAGCUCAUUCCCCAAGAACAAAGUCAAAAGAGCAGCUUUAAAGAGUUUAUCAACUUCUGUAUCUCCACAUCAUCCCACCACUUUUCAACAAGUUGAAUUAGCAAAUAACUUAUGCAAGUUAACAUUACAAAUAUUAAUGUACAAAGGGAAGUUACUGCAGUAAGAUGCUGCACAGGAAAAAAAUCUGUCUUUAGACCUGGCUUGGUCCUUGUUUGGGAUUGCACAAACUGGUCAUUCCUCAGCAGAAUCCAGGCAGGAUGUGGGUCUCCCUGCUUGGGCUGUGGGAUCUGGAGGAACCACUGAGCCCUGGCCCCUCAGCAGUAAGGGGGUGUCACUGCCUGGUGAAGUUUGUUUGAAGUGUCUCUAAAUAAAGGGACAUUCUGUUAUUUCGAGAAAUAACAGCAGUCUCUUAUUUAACAUCACCUCUACCAAACCAGAUCUGUUGCUAGAAUUCUGAAGCCGGGCAGGAACACCCAGACAAGUGGGAAGAGCAGCAGGUGGCUCCAGGACACCUCCAGCCUCAGGUUGAACAUGGAGAGACCCUGGACUGCUGGCACUGCUCCCAAAGUGGGAUUAUGCCAGCUGACUUCCAAGACAGCACUCACUGAUGCCUUCCUUUCAGAGCAGAGGUAUGCAAUGUUUAUUGUAGGAAAUGUUAUGUGCCCCAGACAGCGGGCAUCUCACAGCCAGGUGUUCUCUGGCUGCAUCCUUCUGUUGCCAUGAUACAGACACUCAUGGUACUCCUUGAAGGGCUCAGCUUCCCAGGAGAGCCAUAACACACACACAGCAACAUAAUGUUUUUAUUAUUACAAAAGGUUUCUUCAGCAAACUGCCCUCUGUCACCUCUAUGUAUCAAACAUGGAAACAGCAAACAAACCCAUCUAACGUUAUAGGUUAUUUAGUGACUCAGCUGGUGAUUCAGGUAAGUACAACUAUUUUCCUUUUCCCCAUCCAUUCACUUCUUUGACUCCUCUCCCAACCAAAGCCCAAAUCAGUCACAGAUUGGAAGCAGCAGCUCCCAGCCCCACUGCUCACCGUGCCAGCUCCCGCAAGAAGAGCUGACCAUCGUGUUCCCCACACAGGGCACUCCCACAUCGUUAGAUUCCAAAUGCUCCUCACGCACCAAGUUUUGCUACCUGGCUUUUAACAGUCUCUUGAGCGAAGAGUUGAAGGGCACACUCUCCAUACAGUCACAUUAAUGCUUCGUGUUAGCAAAAUAAACAUCUGCUCCUCCCCCGCUGCCAGCUGAUGCCAGAGGAGAUGCUCACACUCAUGCAGCCACCGAGGUCCGGGGA